AAAUUCAUACAAGAUAAAUUCAUAUAUUGCAAGAAUGCUAUUAUUCCUCAACAACAAUCAAAUGAACAAAAUGUUGAAACAAUAGUAAUGAACAUGAAGUACUAAACUUUAAAAUUAUCACAUUGAAAAAUCACUGGUAAGAUCAUCAUCAUCAGAAUCUUCUUCGCUAGAAUGUUUUUGUAUGGUUGAAGCAGAUGAUGGCUUCCAAGUGUAACACUUUACCGUUGUUGCCUUUAAGUAGCUCCUAUGCUAAUAACAGUGCUUUACAGGAAUCGCAGACUUUCGGCAAUAGCGGACAUCCCUUCCUCUAAUUACAGUAGUCCGUUGAAUCGAGAGCCUACUUUAUAUGAAAAGGAAACUAAUGUAUCGAUUGCUUCUGUACCAAAAUAUAUACAAGAAGAAAAAAAGAAAGAAAAAAAUUGAAUGCAUAGAUAAGUAAAAAAAAAUUAUCUAAAAGAAUACUCAAAAUGAAACUUGAUUGUUUAAGAAGAUGUCUCUCAUUCGUCUUCAGAAAAUUAGGACGGAUCAUCGGUCAACAUCCUUAUUAUUUUAUAAUAAUCCCAGUUUUACUCUCCACUUCGCUGUCGGUAUUUAUUAAUAAACUGAAAUCUAGUAAAAGUAUGGAUGAACUUUUAACGGCCAAUGAAGGUAAAUUUUAUAAUACGAUGAAAUUCGUAAAAAAGACGUUUUAUUUUAAUACUUCUGAGUUUGUCGAUCAAAUGAGAUUAGUUCGCAUACCAAAAUCUGUAUAUGUGUUGUUUUUAAAGAAAGGGGGUGGUAACAUGCUGGAAAAAGAUAUUUUACUAGAGCUAAAACUGGCCGACGAAAUAAUAAAAAAUACUACAAUUCGUUACGAAAAUCAAGAAAUCGGAUAUUCCGAAAUUUGCGGGAUAGUAAAUGGUAAAUGCUACGAAAAUCCUAUUCUGAAGUUGAAUAUAGAUGAUAUUGUUACUAAAAGAAAAAGAUUCAAAUAUCCUGUUGAGAUGGACCCAGUUACGUAUUCCUACGAAAUUUACUGUUUAAAUGUAGGCGGAGUCACCGUAGACAAAAAUGAUUUCGUAGAAAGAGCCGAAGCAUUAGGUUUAAUGUAUUUUGCUGAUUAUAGCUCCGAAGAAAAAAUCCAAUGGAUCGAAGAAUGGAAACUUGCGGCGUACAAAAAAAUUCAAAAUUAUCAUUUUAAACAUAUUAAAUCUUAUAGCCAUUAUUUCUGGGAGUCUGAAAAUUACGUUAAGGUUCUAUUUGAGACCACAAAACCGAUGAUAGGCGGUGUUAUGGGUUUUGUUUCUGUAUUCGCCGUGAUAACCUGCAUGAGUAAUAGCUGGAUAAGAAGCAAACCUAUGUUGGGAGUUGCGAGUGUUAUAUCAGCUGGUCUAGCGAUUGCUUCUUCAUUCGGAUUGAUGGCGGCUUUCGGUAUGGAUUACUCAUAUUGGAACACCACUAUCCCUUUUCUAGUUAUCGUAACCGAAAUAGAUGAUGCAUUUGUAUUAAUUGCCUGUUGGAGAAUUACUAAUCCUCAAGAUAAAGUGCAUAAACGGAUGGAGGAUGCGUUCUCGGAAGCAGGAGUUUCUAUAACUUUAACUUCUAUUACAAAUAUAUUAUCGUAUUGCAUCGGGUUGUUGACUGCCUUUCCUCUAAUUAGAUUAUUUUGCAUCUAUUCUGCAACUUGUAUAUUUUUCACUUUUCUGUAUCAAGUUACAUUUUUCGGUGGAUGUAUGGCGUUAAGUGGGUACAACGAAGAAAAGAGUCUUCAAAAUCUCAAGUUUACUGCAUCUCUGGAAAACACUAGCACUCUCCACGAAAGUUUAAAGGAAGAACCUAUCAUGAAGUUUUUUAGAGAUAAACUAGGAACAUUUAUAUCGAAUCCAAUAUCAAAAAUGAUUAUCAUUACAUUGUAUUUUCUUAAUUUAUCAUUUGGUAUUUGGGGAGCAUAUUCUAUUAGAAAUGGUUUAGAUUUGAAGAUUUUAUAUCAGGAGGAUUCACCCAUAACGCACACAACUCUAACUCUUUAUAAGUAUUUUACACACCAUCCUUUUGCUUUUCAAAUAAUUAUCAACAAAACGUUAGAUUAUUCGAACACAAAAGUUCAAGAAUCAGUAGAAGCUCUUCUACGAAAAUUUGAAUCUCAUCCACACGUUGCAGAUACACGUUUUACAGCUUCUUGGUUAAAAUAUUAUAAAGAUUUUCAAAGCCAUCCUAUUGCCAAGUAUUCUUUGAGUGGAUACAAUAUGUCAGUCAAGCAAGACUUUAUCGAUGGACUGCGCUAUGUAUUCUUUAGGUUCAAAGCUGCUGAGCAUUUUUCCAACGAUGUUAUCUUUACUGACGAUGGAUCCGAAAUAUCGUGCAGCAGAUUUUUUGUUUUAGCUAAAGACAUAGCGGGUAGGGAAAACGAAAUAAAAAUAUUAAAAGAGUUGUGGGAGAUUGCCGAAGAUUCGCCAUUUCCAGUUUUGGUGCAUUGCAUGUUAUCGGAUAUGAUCGAGCAGGGAGUAAUUAUUGCUCGAACGGUUUACGAAUUAUUUUGGAUCACGGCAAUUUUGAUAAUUUUUCUAUUUCUCUUGUUUGUACCUAAAGGAAUUUGUGCAUUUUUAGUUUCCAUUUCAGUUAUUUCUACCAUGAUCGAAACUUUAGGAUAUAUGUCAUUUUGGGGAGUCAAUCUCGAUGUUGUCUCAGCUAUGAGUCUUAUUCUCUGUGUGGGAUUCUGUUUAAAUUAUCCAGCUCAUAUAUCUUACGCGUACGUCACGUCAACGUGCAAAAGUCCAAAUGAAAAAUUGAAAGAUUCUUUAUAUCGUAUUGGUUUUCCAAUAUUACAAGGAUCUUUAUCCACUAUCUUAGGUAUAUUUUUUAUAUUCAAACAGGAAUAUGGAUUUUUCACAUUUGUUAAAAUUGUCUGUCUUAUAUCCAUGGAAACUGCUUUUCAUGCUUUGCUGUUUAUUCCUGUUAUUCAUUCCCUUAUAAGUUCUUGUUGCAUUAAGAAAAAACCUACUAAACUUGUUCCAGAGGAAUUCGAUUUACUUUCAAAUAAAAAUGAAUCCACUUAAUAAAUAGACAGAAUUUCAUUUA